AUGUUCUACAAACAAACAAACCCUAUGAUUUUCCUUUCGCUCAUGUUUCUGCUCUUAGGAAAUCUCGGCUCGCACGUCUUUGCAAAUGCUGGUUCUAUAGAAUGCAACUAUUCUUGGGAAACACCAACACCUAUAAAUAAUAAUCAACAUAAGUGUAUUUCGGAAGAUGCUCAAGGAACCAGACGCAUCUGGUUUUGUAAAACAUGUCAUAGGGGAGACAACAAAAAACCUUCUGCUAAGGACUGUGUUGGACCUCAGAAAUUGACCACCAAUGGAUCAUUUGAUUGUCCAGGGGGUAUGUCAGUGAAUGCAUAUACCUCACCAAACAGACCUAUUUUUUGUUUUACUUCCAACGCACAAUACGUCCAGGAGGUUUACAAGUGUAAAGAACGUCAUCUUAACCAGCAAUGUCCUACGGACCAAUGUACGGAACAAAAAACAUGA